CCGGCGCCGGCGAGCUCAUCAGCUGGAUACGCACGCGUAUGCAUGUCGUCGUCAGAGUUUAUUGCAUCUAUUUCCUGACUAGUGAUGGUCACCAUUUUUUAUGAAUUUACAAAUGGUGGCGCAUGCCAGAUUUUUCUAAGUUCCAACUACCGGCCACUUCUUCUAUGGCUAGCUUCUCAGCUGACCUUGAAAAAAAAAAUCGAUUUUGCUGAUUUGGCCAUGCAUUGCCUGCUGACCUUUGGAUAUAUGUACUUUCUCCUCUAUUUUAUUUCAUUUGAUCUCUCUGUUGCGAAGACUCUUGUACAUCCUUGUUUCAGAUCGAAGGCGCCUAUCUAGAGGACAACAAGGGCCCGAGCAAUUGGGAUGUCUUCAUUCGUAUUCAAGGUGUACCUGAUAACUCUUAAGUAUGCAUGAAAUGGCCUAAGCCACCCAAAACACCGCAAAAUUCAGUAAAACCAAGUGAUGAACUUGAAUAGAAAGAAGUAGCUGAUGCUUAGCUAAGUGCAAUUUAGAACAAGUGUUUCUUGGAGAAAAGUAGGUAGUCUUCGUUGAACACAUGGUUCUAAGCGUCUUUGUUUGAGAAGCGCCAAUUGCCCACUCAUACUUUCCCCUGAACCAUAUGCCUUCAGCUCCUAUGAAAACUGCACUGGGCAUAGCCUCCAAUUCUUUUCGUAUCUCAUGUCUCGUUCCAUUAGAAUAGUUGUGCCGCAGUACGAGGACACUCGCUCAUAGAGGAUUAUGGUAAAAUGACGUCAAGCAAACACUGGAGCUUACCCGGCCAGUACCUAGUUAGGACAAUUCUGUAAUGAAAACAGUGGAUCAUAUCAUUGUUGGUAGACUCAAUUCAGGAGGUAGCUAUCUGUUUUAAUACUCGUAGAUGACUGAUGGCAGCAAGUGCAGCUAUAGACGUGCGCUUGACGAUCACAGACUCGCUUGACUUAUUUGUUGGCUAUCUUAAUCUUGCUGCUGCUACUCCAAAACCAGGAAAGAUUGUGGAUGGAAGCAAUGGCGAUGUGGCUGUUGACCAUUACCAUCGAUACCUGGAGGACACAGAGAUGAUGCAUUCGCUGGGCCUCGACUCCUAUAGAUUCUCACUGUCCUGGUCGAGAAUACUUCCAAAGGGUCACUUUGGUGGUGUUAAUCCGGCAGGCAUCAAGUUCUACAAUAAUCUGAUCAACAGUCUGCUACGAAAAGGAAUACAGCCAUUUGUGACCAUCAACCAUUUUGACGUACCCAGGGAACUUGAAGAAAGAUAUGGCUCCUGGCUGAGCCCUGAAAUGCAGGAGGACUUCAUCUACUUCGCCAACCUUUGCUUCAAGAUGUUUGGUGACCGAGUAAAGCACUGGACUACUUUCAAUGAGCCAAAUCUUAUGGUGAAGCUCGGAUACUUCAGUGGAAAAUUCCCACCCAAUCACUGUUCCAAGCCAUUUGGGAAAUGCACUUCUGGGAAUUCAUCAACUGAGCCCUACAUUGCAGCACAUGGCAUCAUAUUAGCGCAUGCAAAGACGGUCAAUAUCUACAGAAAGAAUUACCAGGCCAAGCAAGGUGGCUCUGUUGGAAUAACAAUAUUUAUGAUAUGGUAUGAACCUCUAAGGAAUAUCACAGAGGACCACAUAGCAGUAAGCCGAGCUCAGUCAUUUGAAGCUCCAUGGUUCCUCGACCCCUUGUUCUUUGGUGAUUAUCCUCAUGACAUGCACCAAAUCUUAGGCUCAAGCUUACCAAAAUUCACAGAAGGAGAGAAGCAGCUACUGAAAAACCAAAUCGACUUUGUCGGAAUAAAUCAUUAUAAUACACUAUACGUCAAGGAUUGCAUAUUUUCUCCAUGUGAUUUGGACACCUACACUGGUGAUGCUUUAGUUUCUGAAUCAGCAGAACGAAAUGGGAUAUCCAUUGGAAAACCGACACCGGUUGAAAACAGCUUUGUGGUUCCAAGCUCUAUGGAGAAGUUGGUCAUGUAUUUAAAUCAGAGAUAUCAAAACAUACCUUUGUACAUCACAGAGAAUGGUUAUGCCCAAAUAGGCAAUAGCAGCAGCACAGUGGAAGAAUUAUUUAAUGACACUGAAAGAUUAAGUUACAUUCGUGACUACCUCACUUACUUGAGCUUUGCAAUAAGGAAAGGAGCAAAUGUUUAUUUUGUGUUGUCUUUGAUGGACAACUUCGAAUGGCUCUCUGGUUACACCAUAAAGUAUGGUCUUUGUCAUGUGGAUUUCAGGUCAUUAAAACGAACACCAAGAUUGUCUGCCAGAUGGUACAGCAAGUUUAUCAAGGGUUAUGAACACAUAGAAAUGGCCUCUGAAGAAACCCCUAAGCAUGUAGCUUCCUAGAACGGAAAUACAGAAUUCCCAAUGUCCAUGCUUGUACAGUAGUUACACAGGAAAUUACUUUAAUAAAUUUCCUCAUUCCCAUGUAUGCGCUUGCCCAAAACUCAGCUGUUUUUUUAUCAAAUAUGCCUCUAGAAGGAGUUCACUAAUAAGAAGCAGAAUACACAUUUUGAUUAUCCUC